UUCUCAAUAUUAGCCAACAGCUGUUGGUGUCCAUUGUCGAUGGAAUUUUCUCAUUAAUUUUCUUACACUUUCAACAUAGUUUUCUUUGUAACCAAAUAGAGUUUAAAGAACAUUGCUUUUGUCAUAGCCCACCUCACCUGUGUAUCAUUCCCACUCAUUGUGUUUGUUGCUUAAAGGCUUAAAGCUUCCUCCCCAUUCCUUAUCUCCUCUAUCUCUCUCUUAAGAGUGAAAACACAGCUCCCAUCAGCUUAGAGAGAGAAAAAGAAGAGAGACCCACAUGGAAUCAAAUUGAGGGUCAUCUACAGAUGUACUAGCUUAAAAAAGAAAAAAGUUUCAUAUAUGAUCAUGGAAGAAGAUAAUAUUAUGCGCCACCCAAUUUUUCCAUUACAGUUCCUAGACAAAAAAGAAGAAGACGAAGAAGACGAACCACCAUGUUCAAGCUCCAGCUAUCCAUCUCUCUUCAUUUCCGGCGAAACGAGCACGAACCGAUCAGACCCAGCUCAUCAAGUCGCCACCACUGCCGGCUCCGAGCCACCCAAGAAACCCACACCCAAGAGGGCAACAGCCAAGGACAGACAUACUAAAGUGGAUGGCCGAGGCCGCCGGAUCCGCAUGCCGGCCAUCUGCGCCGCUAGGGUGUUCCAGCUGACAAGAGAAUUAGGCCACAAGACUGAUGGAGAAACCAUCGAGUGGCUGCUCCAACAGGCGGAGCCAUCAGUGAUCGCCGCCACCGGAACUGGAACUAUCCCGGCUAAUUUCACUUCCCUUAAUAUAUCACUCCGGAGCUCUGGCUCAACUAUCUCAGCUCCUUCACACUUUCUAAGGACUUCUCAUUUUAAUCCGAAUUUCGCGUUAACCCAGUUCACAGAACGGAGUAAUGAGGAGUCUCAUCGGAGAAUUUCGUUUCCAGGAGCUGAAUUUUCUACGGAGAAUUCGAAUUUGAAUUUCCCGAGUACUGCUAAUAAUGUGAGUGCCAUUUCAGAAGCUAAGCAAGAUUUGCCGUCGCAGUAUCAUAUGGGAAGCUAUAUGAUGCAGUCUAGCUCGGGUUUAGUUCCGGUGAGUCACGGUCAGAUGCCGGUGGCAGCCGCCUUGUGGGCCGCCGCGAAUCGGGGUAAGCAGGUGAUGGGUGGUACUGACCCCAUAUGGGCAUUACCUUCUGUCGGUAGCACUAAUUUGCAUAGAGGGUCUGUGUCUAGUGGGUUACAUUUUAUGAAUUUUGCUACCCCAAUGGCUCUAUUGCCUAGCCAACAGUUGGGUUCAGGCACUGGUGGUGGCGGUGCGGUUUCCGAUGGACAAUUGGGUAUGCUUGCUGCGGUCAAUGAAUUUAGGCAUCUUCCCAGUGGUGGCGCUUCCAGGUCUAAUGUGCAACAUGGAGGAGAUGAUCAGCAUGCAUGACACAAGUAGUUAUAUUAUUCAUGGGUGUGCACGUUUGCUUGAACUUUCGAAAAAAUUACUCCAUAUUAUUUUUAGCUCAAAUUACUUGCCUUCCGUUUGAGGAUCAGAAAGUCGAAGGCAGGCUAGUGAUUGGUGUGAAGUCGUAACAAAGUAGCCGUACCAAAAGGUGUGGCAAUAUAUUAAUUACCUCCUUUUCGAAGAGAGCUAAAUGUUUGUUGGUAUUUUGAUUUGAUAUUGCUUUGCAUUUCAAAAGAAGGGAGCUAUGUCCGAGUUAAACUUGGAGAUGAAAGUCUUCUUUCGUUUCUCCACGGUGAAGUAUAGCUUGAUUAUUUAUUUUUCUACUACAUACAUCUAUAUAGCAUUUGCAAAACUGGCUUACAUAUA